AUGGUAUCUGAAAGCGUCAAUUACAUUAAUUCACUGAAACUACAGGUGAAACCAUCUUCAGAUGAUAUCAUAACAGUUCUCGAGAAUGGUAAAGAAUACACAGUCAAUAUGGUCAAGAGAACAUGUACAUGCAAAAACUAUUUAGCGACAUAUUCUGAAACCGUAUAUCCAUUGGAGAAGGAAGAAGAAUGGAUUAUUCCAGAACAUAUCAAGAACAUGAUUGUCUUACCACCCCAACAUAGAACAAGAACUGGAAGGCCUAAAAAGAGUAGGUACACGUCAAAGUGGGAAAAUCCGAAAAAAGGGAAAUGUGGAAAAUGCGGACAAGCUGGACAUAAUAGGAAAACAUGCCGAAACAUACCUAAAGCUACCUAG